UCACACUGCUGAGUGUUAUAUGAAAAGUAAAAGCGAGGAGAUUUAAUGGGAUAUUUUGCUACUUCUACUCUUGGUAGUAUAUCUUUUGAAUUCCUCAAAGAACCAUGCAAGCCACAUCGCUGUAGUUUUUAUCAUAGUUUGAAUUUACCCCUAAAAUGUGGAGAAAAUAGUAAUAAGUGAUUUGGUUUACUAUCAGCCAAUGGAGUAUCAUCAGCUUAUUGAAUAAUAUCUAUGAUAUUUUCAUUCACAUUGAUCCCUUUUAUUUCUUUGUGCUUUCUAAUAGCACAGGCUAGGAAUUCAGCCGCAUGAUAGAUAAACAGGGGGACUGCGGUUCUCCCUGCUGGACUCCCCGAUUAACUGGAAAAUACCCUGAUGUUAACCAUUACUGUUUAUACAACUCUGUAUGUAUGCAUAAAUAUUGACGGAUGAGCAUCUAUGAUGGAUGAAUCAUGCGCCUCGUCUACCGUAAUGCAGACAGUGGUAGAGGCAUCAUUUGCGAAGCCAUAGCUUCACAGCAUCUAGCAAGUCUCUUAGCUUACAUAGUGGGAUUUUAAUAAACUUUAAUUGAACAACUACCUAUAAUAGUAUUGUUUUUACAGAGUUAUUUCUUUAGUACUUCUUGAGUAAACAGAGGCAAACGACACCCUGGUGGUAACAGAAUAUAUGCAGUUAAAAGAAUAAUUAAACUUCAACAACUAAACUGGGUUCUUCUGAUAUAACAUGGCAUCUAAAAAGGAUAAAGCAAAAGAAGACAGAAAGUUUAAUGCUAUAAAGCUAGAAGUGUCAACAUGGUAUGACGACAACAAUUGUCUUAAUAUGCUGAAAGUGUUGUUCCGAGAUAAGAUUGGAUACCAGAAACUAAUGUCUAUACAUAGCACGAUUGAACUGUUGAAUGAGUUGUUUAAACAUGAUCAUGUGAGUGCGACAGAUCUUACUCUCCUGUCUGCUACUAUCACCGUAACCCAACAUUUUGCUCUUCAACGGAAGAUUGAAGAAAAACUGCCAUCGUUCCCGAAAGUUAAUGGAGGAACCGUUUCAAAAAUAUUCAGUCAUCACAGACAAAAGCUAAUGAAAUUUGGGAUGGCACUGGCUGAGGGCGAUGUGGGAAAGAUUGAUGGGUUGUAUAAUACAACUUUAAAGAAAUACAAUGACAGCUGGAGUAUGAUUAUUGAUCUAGAAACCAGACUAGAAAUAAGUGAUGGAAAUAUGGAAGAUUUCACUGAUUCGUUGGAAAGCCUUGAACUCCAUCUGGCAUUGAAGGCACUAACAGAAGAAAUUGCAGAUACACCUUCGGUUGCCGAUACACCUGAUAGGCCUACACCAUCAGAUACACCACAGACAGGAAACCCCUCCUGGAUGAAAAAACUAUCUACACAGGAAUUACGUCAGCUGCUCGACGAUGUGUCCGAAUGGUGGGAGCAAUUUGGAAACAUUAAUAUGUUAAAAGUGAUCCUCAACGAUUUGGAAAGCAUUACUUUAGCACAGAUAGAGCAAAAACUAGAGCCAAACCCUCUGUUUCAAUUACUUUUGGCCAAUGGAUAUAUUAGCCACACAAAUGUUAAUUAUCUUCUCGAGGCUGUUGUUUUGGGUGGCCAGAAUGGUAUCGAACCGAAGAUAAAGGAAACGAUACCGAAAUUCCCGGGAUUUAGUAGCGUUGCAAUCAGUGGAUUCUCAAAAUAUCGACGAAAUUUGAUAGAAUUUGGUAAAGUUGUAGGCACAAAAAACAAAGAUCGCAUUGGUAAUUUGUUUGGUCUAAUCGUUCCCAAACUGACAGACCAGUGGUGCCUAAUAUUUGAACUGGAGAGGAAGCGUAUCCUAACUGAAAAAGAAAAGGACCAAUUCAUUGAAACGCUUAAUAAGAAUGGUAUGACAGCCGAAGCCGAAGCACUUAAUAAGUUCAAAAAUUAAUCUUAACGUUUAUAAUUCAAGCUGCAUUAUCAACAUGUGUAGACCUAAUUUAUGUGAUCGGAUUUCCUAUUACAUCUGGACCGUAUAGUAGACUUUUUGGACAAAUUUUAAACCAGGUUGUAUAUUUUUUUUAAUAAAAAAUAUAAUUAAGUUAAUUAUAUUAUAAAUUUACUGUUACAAAAAGCGUUUUUCCACAAUGAACCAUUUAGAUAAAAAUGAUAAUAUAACCUUUAUAUUUGUCUUUUGAUUUAGUUAAUAUGUUGAAUACAACCGGAUUAAUAUCAUUUUCAAAUUAUACAUUCUAAAUAUAAGCAACUAAAACUUUUUGUAUUGGUUUUCCUAUAGUUUCGUGAAAAAAGGAAGCAGCUUUAUCGUGCCUCAAAAAACACGUUUAACGUGUUUGGUUCUGUCUAAAUAUGUUUGCUCUACAUUUUUAAUUUUUUUUUUGAUUCAUAGUAUAUGCUGUUCGAAUAAUAUUAGAUUGAUAGAAAGUUGAUGUGUUUACCGUAUUAGUUGAUAUUGUAGAGUUUUGAUCAUAAUUAGUCAUAAUACUUUUUGAAAUUUUGUUACAGUAGUUAAAGUCCUAUGUUAAUUAGUGGAUUUUGCAGGUUAGUAUUUCUUUAAUAAUAUUACAUUUUCAUCAUAUUGUAUAUUCUGAAAAUUGUAUUGAUAAGAUCUUAGAGUAUUCGUUCCAUUGCAUUUAAUUAAUUAUAUGAUUUAAUCUCAAACUACAUUCGUUCAUAGUUUAAAAUUGAUAGUGUUGUAUUUG